AAUUACGCGACCAAUUGACGAGAUCGUGUGUGUUUUUCCCAAUUAAACGGUGAGUGUGCGACGGAGAUGUAAAAUAUGCAGUCUAGUCAAGUGCGGCAAAAAAGAUCAUAAGGUGAAAAAGUCGUUAAUAAAAAAGCAAAAUAGAAUUGCUGUGUGGAAUACGAAAAAUACAUAUAUAUACAAGGAGACGACGCGCAGCGAAAAAGGAAUUUUUUGUGUACUACGGCGGCGCUUUGUUGUUGUUGUUGGCGUCGUGCAUUUGCUUUUGUUUUGUGUGAGUUGUUGUUGCUAUUGCCUUUGCGUUGUGUUUUGUGAUUGGAAAAAUAAGAAAAGAAAGCAGGAAAACUAAGGAGAGAAAAACGAAACGAAACAAAAUAAGAAAAUUGCCAUUUUCGAUUUCCUUGGCUGAGAAAAGUGAAAAGUUUAAUUUACUAAACAAAGCGGCAAAACUGUGUGCGUGUGUGGGUGGCUGUGCCUCUGUGUGUGUGUGAGUGUGCGUGUCUCUCUAGUUUUUGCAAUUUCCACUGCACACGCUCUUUCGUGUUGGAUUAUUGGAUUAUACCGCCAAUAACGGCACACGCACAGCAACAACAACGAAAAAAAAACAAAAAAGCGAUAAAGGAGAGCAGACGACUCUGGGAUUAAUCAUUAAUGUCCUGAGAGAUAAAGUCUAGAAACAGAAGAAGAAGGUGGAGCAGAAGUCGCAGCAGCAGACGAACAAGAGGAAGACGGCAGAAGAUGUUAAUAAGAAAAUAAUAUCGCCAUAGGACGAAAAGUUACAAAUACAAGUCCGUUUCACUUCUGCUGCUGGAACCUGUCGUCCUUUCGUGCGUCCUUUUCUGCUAAUUGCUUUGUGUGCCAAGCUCCUGGCUCCUUCUAAAGUCCCCACUAAGCAGGCCAGAUCCCUCCACACUCAAGGCUCAAGAUACUUACCCCGAACGGAGAUACCUGAACUGCAGCUGCAGCCUGCAUUUUCCCGGAGAAGGAAGGAGGAAAAACGCCAACGCGUCUGUCAUGUGCGAGUUUUGUGGCCCCUAACUAAGGCGCCUUGCAUAAAUUUACGCCAGAGGAUAAGCCCAACCAAAAAAAAAAAAAAAAGAAAAGCAAAAGGGAAAACCAACGAAGAAGCGAGUGGAAGGUGGAAAGAGAGGACUGGCAAGGCAAACAUAAAGCAAUUUUAUGCGUUUUUAAAAUGCGGCAAUUGACUGAAACAACAAAAGCGAACUGAGAGACUGAGACUGAGACCGAGACUCUUUGCUGACUGGAAAAUUCAGGCAAACCACAUGCGAGCACGUUUUCCGCUUUUCCGAAGGGUAAAUCAAAUACGAGCCAGACCGCAUCGAAAGGAGCGGUAGAAAGAAGGACGAAGGACCCCAUGCCAUAUCUCAGUCGCUGCUGAUAAGCAAUAUAACGCAAUCGCAAAUGCUUGAUGGUUUGUUGACGACCAACAAAAAGUUCUUGAGCGUGUGUAAACAGUACCAGUAGUACUGGCAAUACUGAGCUGGAAAACUGAAAAACAGAGAGCUGAAGCGGAGAAAAGCAGCAGAAAACAGCAGCAGCAGCAAGGACAACCAAGGAGGAGCAACCAGCGUUUAUAAAUGCGCUACAGUUACAAAUUGUAGCCACAGCUGUGCGUGUGUGUGUUUGGUGUUGCCUCUGCGGCACAUGUGCGCUCUAAACCAUUUAUAAAUGUAACAAAAGCAACGCACACGCCAAUGCCAGCCGGCAAAAAAAAAAAAGAGAAAACGGAGAAAAACAGUGAAAAGCUGAAAGCCCUUGGCACAAGUGCAAUGCAUAAAUAUAAACAAAGAGAUACAAACUGAAGACGGCGAAAAUACAGCCAAGCACACAAGAGCAUCGUCCAGAAUUAGCGCCAUCGGAGCCAAGGAGCCAAGAAGCAACCAAUGGAACAUGUUGAUGCCGGUGCGGGAGUACAACAAGCACAUAGCCAAAAUCCCAAAUUGCAAGAUGAGGCAGCGGCAGCGGCCAGCGCUUAGAGCCACCUCUGCAUCGCUCCUUCUGCUCCUCCUCCACGUCGUCCAUUCGCUCGAUCCGGCGGCAGGAAGUGGUGCCGCCGGAAGCGGAGGAGGUGGAGCCGCUGCAGCGGGUGGUGCCGGCGGUGGUGGCAGUGGUGCAGGUGGUCCUGCUGCCGCCGGUGGUUCGGGUGGCGGGAGCCUGAGCGGCGGGCCAACCACUCUCAUUGCCAAUCUCACGGAACAGGGCAGCCCCGGUGUGUAUAAUUCGACAAUGGGUUAAUGCUAAUUACCCGUGUUUACAUAUAUAUUUGGCAUUUAUGCGGCUGUUUUGGCUGACCUUUUCUACCUUUUCCCAUGGACGACAAGGACUCCGCCAUUUUGGUAUUUGUUUAUGCGUGGCUCUCUUCACGAAAAACUAGCAAAAGUCUUGGAAUACCAGAAAAGUUAAAUAGUUAAGCACACUUAACUUUGUAAAGAAUUUAAGGAAGGCAUUCAACUGAAACUUUCAUCUCUUAAAAUUCUUCCCAUAAUUGCAAAACUAUUUUGUUAAUAAACCCCACCUUUUUUCUCGAAUGCCAGGAAUUCACGAAAUGCUUGGCAUAAACUUGGAGCUUGUGUGUGUGUGUGUGUGCAAAUGAUUGUAUGUAUUUCCUUGUGCGCAUUUCCGGUUUCCGCUUCCGUUCGCCAAGCGUUCCUGGGAGGGUGGCAAAAACUAUUAGCCACUUGGCGCUAAAUAACACCCACCCACUCCUCCUCCCGUUGGUGAAGCAAAACACUAAGCAUCAAUUAACCCAAUUUUCAGAAUCCAUUUUCACCUGCAGUUACGGCUUCAGCUCACAGCUCCGGAGCUUUGGCUUUUUCUGAGUAUUUUCCUAGCUGCGUGUUUCACAGCUCCAUGCUUACAUAUAUUGUUUGCCCUUUUUUUUAUAGAGAGAGUGAGUGAGGGAAAGAGUUUUUCUUUUGCCCUUUCUUUUUGCCAGCAAAUACCCAAGUGGCGGUGUUGAAACCAACGUCCAACUCCCGAUUCCCCAGUUCCCCAUUCCCUAGUUCCCAGUCCCAGCUAAUCCUAUAGGUAUAAUGCCGGGCACUCUUGCACCGACUUUUUCGUGCUCCGUGCUGUUUCAUCUUUUCUUUCGCAGGCGUUGGCGCUAUUGUUGUAGUUUGGUUUGGUUUGGUCACUGGAUCUGCAAAUGGAAAUGGAGUGGAAGCUGAAAUCAUAAUUAAUCCAUUGAUUUUCAAUUUUUUCCAGCUUAAAUAAUUCACACAAAUCAUUUCAGCAAUAAAUAUGAAUUCUUUCGCAGCAUUUAACAAUACAUUUUUCAGCAAACAAAAGUUUUUUUUCAGUCAAGAGUUUUUUUGUUUUUGCUGUGCGAAUAUCACAUUGGGGAUCCAAUUACAAAUUGAUAAGCAGGUAAUGAACGAAACAAAACAAAAUAUCGAAUAAUUUUAAUUUGGAAACGCCUCUGUUGCAAACUUUGAUUUGCAUGUAAUAUCAUAAAUAAUUAAUUUUAACACACACAACAUUUAUGAAUAAUUCCAGGGUUUCUUUUUAUAUCCUAGCUGUCGCUAUUAAUCAAAUUAUACUUUUACUACAUGCAUUUUUAAAUUGUUUCUUUAUGUCGGUUAUGUUUACGCAGCCGCCUGGAAAUUUGGUGUGACAGGGUGACAUAAACUGCAGAAUGCGGGUGGCCGUUUGAUUGAUUCCCCGGCCAAAAAAAAACACCUGGAACGACGCCAGAUGUCGAGGAUAAUAAAUUCGUGAAGAUGUGACGACACUUGGGAUACAAUUUAUAACGCUGACGUCUGCUCCAAAACACCAAAUGAAUUGCUCGACCGAUUGGGAAAUUAAUUAUGUAUAAUGCCAUUUCAAUUAAUGUUUUAAAGUCUUAAAAAUAGAAUUUAACAUAUUUAAUAACAGAAUAGUUGUAAAAUAUUGUUAUUUUAAUAAGAUAAGCGAUAAUAUUGUAUCAAACCUAAAACUAAAAUAUAACUUAUUCCCUCCUUUAUUACCAUUGUUAAUGUUCCCAAUCACUUGCUCCGAAGUAUAAUGCAACUUCUCCUUCCUCAACAACUCUGUUAACUAACCUUAAGAUCUGGAAAUAAAAAACUAAUUUAUAUAAAAUAC